CAGUAACAAACUUUAGUCUGGACUACCUUAAGACCCUUGCCUUGAUCAAAGGUGAAAGCGGCCCCCAUUCUUUGUUUGUUUGUUGGAGCAGAUUUGGAACGUACGUGGGUCUGACAGAAGAGAGAGAUGAGAGGAAUAGCAAUUUCACCAUCAAACCAAUGCUGCAGCAGUCCUUUCCAAUUCCAAACCCAAGAUACUCUGCCGAGUCAACCAUAUAGAACAGUGAACUUAAACCCACUUCUCCAAUUCAACAAGAAGAAGAAGCAAAACCCAUCAAAUGGAAGAAGAUACCCACUUGUCUCCAAAAUUUCCAUAAAUCCGUCAAACAACAACAACAACAACAACACACAAACCCCAAUUCCCCCACUUGUAGUUUUUGGAUCAGCCAAUGCAGAUAUUUAUUUGGAGAUUAAUAGGUUGCCUAAGGUGGGUGAGACCAUCUCAGCCAAUAGUGGUCAGACUCUUGCUGGUGGCAAAGGUGCCAACCAGGCUGCCUGUGGUGGCAGGCUCUCUUAUCCAACCUACUUUUUGGGGCAGGUAGGUGAUGAUGCUCAUGGCAAAUUAAUUUCUGAAUCUCUCCAAAAUGGUGGGGUUUGUUUGGAUUAUCUUAAUACUGUCACUGAUGCACCCACUGGGCAUGCUGUGGUUAUGCUCCAGCCUGAUGGGCAGAACUCAAUCAUCAUUGUUGGUGGUGCCAACAUGAAUUGUUGGCCUCACACCCUUUCUGACCAGGAUUUUGAGGUGGUCAGGAAUGCUGGGAUUGUUUUGCUGCAGAGGGAGAUCCCAGAUUCAGUCAACAUUCAGGUCGCAAAGGCUGCAAGAAGUACCGGUGUUCCUGUCAUCUUGGAUGCUGGUGGAAUGGAUGCACCGUUCCCACAAGAAUUAUUAAAUUCUAUUGAUAUUUUAAGCCCAAAUGAAAGUGAACUUGGUCGUUUAACAGGAAUGGCAACUGAAAGCUUUGAACAGAUUACUCAAGCUGUGGUGAAAUGCCAUAAAAUGGGUGUUAAGCAAGUCCUUGUGAAACUUGGGGCCAAAGGGUCUGCCUUAUUUGUGGAAGGUGAAGAGCCAAUUAAACAACCUAUCAUAUCAGCCACAAAGGUCCUCGAUACAACUGGGGCUGGAGAUACUUUUACUGCAGCAUUUGCUGUGGCUCUUGUGGAGGGCAAGUCCAGAAAUGAAUGCUUAAAAUUUGCUGCUGCAGCUGCUUCUCUUUGUGUUCAAGUGAAGGGAGCUAUUCCUAGCAUGCCUGAUAGGAAAUCAGUUUUGGAUCUUCUUCAAUCUCAUUAAGGAGGCUGCGAUGGUGUAUGGAAAGAAGAAUGAGGAUGAGUCUCCGUCUCAAAUUGUGGAUGGUAGUAAGAGGAUUGCUGGUAUUGAUCAUAUAAACUUCGAGGAUCAUACACCGUCUCAAAUUGUGGAUGGUAGUAAGAGGAUUGCUGGUAUUGAUCAUAUAAACUUCGAGGAUCAUACAUAUAAUUGUAAUAGUGAUGGUAAUAUCCAUUGUUAUAGUGAGAAUCAUGUCCAUUCUGCGCAUUCUUUUCAUCAUGUGCACAAGCCAACCAUUUGAACUCUGCAAGUGGUGCUACUUUUGCUAGAAUUUUAUGGAGCAACCCAGGGCUUAUGUAACCCGAAACAUGUGCACACCCUUCACCAUCGAUAUAAUAACAGACAUCUAUAUAUAUAUAACUAACAUUAGAAAUUAA